CCUGUUUGAAGGACAGACGGUGAAAGAAGAGAGGAGGCUCCUCUCGUGUCAACACAAGGGAGAUGCCUGACAGCUACAUCAUCUGUAAUACACUUAACCGUACCACUCAGGGUUUACUUUGAAGUUUGUUUUAUUUCCUUUAAGAUCUGAUAAGUACAUUUGUGAAGGAAGCGAACCGAAGCAACAAACCAAACCCAAAAUGAACGGAGCAGCAUUCCCUUCCCCCACGGCAGAAAUGGCCGAGAUGAACCGCAUCCAGUAUGAGAUGGAGUACACCGAAGGGAUCAGUCAGAGGAUGCGGAUCCCUGAGAUGCUCAAAAUGGGUCACCAGGGCCACGAGGAUCCUAAUUAUGGAUCUCAGGAGGUUCCCCACAGUGUCACAAUGCAAGUGCCAGAGAGAAUUGUGAUUUCAGGAGACAGUAAUGACCCCCAGUACCCCAGACCCAGAGACCUGGACCUAAUCCAGUCCACACCACUAGAAAGCCUCUCACUGAAGACCCCACCCAGAGUCCUGACCCUCAGUGAUCGGCCCCUGGACUUCCUGGAGGAGGAGGAGGAGCAGCAGCACCAGCAGCAGCAGCAGCAGCAGCAGCAGCAGCAGCAGCAGGAGCAGCAAGCCGCUCCAGACACUGAGGAGUUGCUGCGGCCACAAGCACGAGUACGCCGGGAACGAUCAUCCAGCGAGAAUGCCUCGGCCCGGCACAACACUCAGAUGAUGCGCAACGAUUCUGCUGCGACCCCCUCCCCCCCUCCCACUGUCCACCCUUUGCCCCCUCUCACCGCGGCCGAGGAGGAACACAACCUGUACAGCGCUAGCGGUGUUCUCUCUUUCCUCCAGUCCACGACACGCCGGGCCUACCAGCAGGUCCUGGAGGUCCUGGACGAAAACCCCCGCAGCAAGCCAUCACUGCGAGGGGGGGCGGCCUCGAGCUCCAACCCCCUGCAUGACUCCAGGCUUGCACUGUCAACACUUGAAUCUUCAAUGGAUGCGGGCGCUGAUGACAUGACUGUGGUUGAUGCGACAACGCUGCGACGCCAGCUCAUCAAGUUGAACCGGAGACUGCAGCACUUGGAGGAGGAGAACAAGGAGCGGGCGAAGCGGGAGAUGAUUCUGUACUCCGUCACCGUGGCUUUCUGGCUGGUCAACACCUGGGUGUGGUUGAGACGUUAGAGCCGGCUGUGUUUCCUCCGUCACCCUGACAGAAGAACGUACCAUCCCAUACCCUGUGUUAUAUACUAGCUACUCGCUGCACUCAGUCCCUGUGUGAGGAACCCCCCCCAUGUACACAGCCUGCUCCACACAGGGCAGAUUAUUAUUUCUGAUUUGGUUUAUUUAAUACAUGUACAGUUUUAUUUUUUUACGUUUGUUUCAUCAUGUCCCAUGUUGUCCUAUGUUUUGUUUUUAUUACAAAUGUUCUCGCUCACCGCUUAAGCAUGACUUGUGUAAAUAUUUGUCCAUGUCAACGAGAGAAAUUCAGAGAUACAGUAAAGCAUAGUUUACCAAAAUAUGUUCAAUGGCACUUCAGUGUGGGGGUGUAAAGAUGUUGGAUAUUUAUUGGGGGGAGAGUAAAAUGACUUGAACUGGGAAAUGUAAGACAAUUUAGUAAAAUCAUACGUAUAACAUGUGGUCCUUUCUUGAUGCAUUAAGUGAUAUGCACACAUCAGUAUCAUUUUGUAUGUAAAUAGAGACCAUAGAGCUCUGAAAAUGCCUAAAAGUAAAAGAAGUUAUUGUACAAUUUAGUGCAAAAUAUUAGAUACUUGAAGAUAAAUAAUAUAGAAGUGUUGAAAAAAUCUGAACAGAUCAUUUAAACUUUAUUCUGUUUUCACAGCGUUACAAUUAACCACCAUAUGAACAAACUGGCUUUGAAAUAUUUGAACAAAAUAUGCUAGACAAUAAAUCACAUUCAAUACAACAACAGCUAAAUAUUGAUUCUUAAAUUUUAAACUGAGCCCUGAUUGGGCCUUUUACGGCAUGUUAGCAUCAGCCCUCAUGUUGUCUCGGGUCAAAUUUGACCCAUUUCUAAAUGUGAGGUGAUCUAUGUCUUGCCACAAAAUCACAUGGAUGGUUUCAUACAAUGUUCUUUGCAAGAAAAAUAAAAGGUUACUACUAAA